AUGAAGGAAGAACAGAUAAUUUUGGCUGAAAGAUUCAAACGAAAAGAUACAAGUACAAGAGAGUAUGAAGAAUUUAAAUCGAUAGAUGCUUAUGAAAAGGAGCCAAUUAAUAAAGAAAACGAUGACGAACAUCAAUCGAUUGAGAAUGAAUCUUUUAAUAAGCAACCAACUUGUCAUAACUGUAUCAAGUACGAAAAAGUGUUGGAUAAUGCUGUGACGUCGCUUGAAAAUGUUCUGCAAAACUUGAAAAAGUUUCAAAACAGAGAAUCAAGUACAAAAACUAAGGAAAACAUUAAAGUUUGUGCAGCAUAUGAAAGAACAAGUGGAUGUAUAGAGAUUGAAAAAAAUACUGGAAUAUUUAUUGAUGCAGUAAAUUUUGCCGAUGCCAACAGAUUCUACGAUAGACCGUCUGAAAUGAUAAGAAGAUUAAUGUUAGCAUUGGUUGGCGAGUUUAAUUUACAAAAAGAUAAAGUUAACAUAGUUAAACAAAACUGUCGUAAUGCCAAAAACACCAAAAAGAAAGCAAUUAAUCAAUCAAAUUUAGAAAUAUACAACAAGAAAAGUAUUUUUGACGUGAGUGAAGAAGAUAACAGAGAUACAGAUGAGAAAAUAGAAGAAAAAGAGAAGGAAUCACCCAGAUCGUUGAUGCCCAUAUUAGAAUGUGUCCUACAGAUUCUUCAUGGCGCCGGUGAGACAUUAUUCUAUGGUUGGCCUCUGGUGCUUGGAAUCAUCGGAGCAGUUUCAGAUCAUCAUGGAGAAAACUUGGUUCGCGUAGCGUUUCAAUGCUUGCAGCUCGUAAUAACGGAUUUUCUACCUGUGAUGCCAUGGAGGUGCCUUCCAUUGUGUGUUGACACUGCAGCCAAGUUUGGCUCUCAAACUCAAGAGCUGAACAUCUCGCUUACUGCCGUUGGUCAAAUGUGGAACAUAAGUGAUUACUUUUAUCAAAACCAAGAAAAAAUUUGCGCCUCCCUGCGGGGUGACUCGGCCUCGGUAUUCCCCGAUUUUCCAGGCACAACGAAUAUGCCAGCCUUUGAUAAGCUCUGGAUGUGCUUGUACGCGCGACUUGGGGACCUCUGUAUCGAUCCGCGACCUGCAGUACGAAAAUCUGCUAGUCAAACGUUAUUCUCGACUAUUUCGGCGCAUGGAAGUCUAUUGAAUCAGCCAACGUGGCAAGCAGUACUCUGGCAAGUUUUGUUUCCACUGUUGGACAAAGUGAGGAGUUUGUCAAGUUCGGCCAGUAAUGAAAAGGUCGAUACAUCUGGCAAUAUUCUUAUACACCACUCUAGGAAUACAGCACAGAAGCAAUGGGCAGAAACACAGGUACUAACAUUGAGCGGCGUUGCAAGGGUUUUCAAUACGAAACGCCAGCUACUGCAAUCGCUCGGUGACUUUCCUCGCGCAUGGUCGCUUCUACUGGAAUUCAUCGAAAAUUCUGCUUUGAGCAAAAAUAACGAAGUGUCCCUGGCUGCUUUAAAAUCCUUCCAAGAGAUCCUGUACCUUCCAAAAAGCACUGAAAUUACUGAUCCUACGCAAUUUGAGGAUUCCGAAGCUUUGUGGAUCGUCGCUUGGCGUAUUUGGCUGAGCAUUGGCUUAGAAAGCACGGCACCUCCACAGGAAACUGAAAUUGAACCUUACAUUCCGUCACAAGCAUUCCUGACUGCACUCGUCCAAAUAUUUCCCGCCGUCUAUCAACAUGUAAAAAAUAAAUUUUCCGCAACCGACUUGCAAAAUCUGUGCCUCGUUUUGAAAAAUGCCGUUGCCAUACCAGUACACAGUGAAUCUACGCCGUUCGUAUUGCCCACUGUUCCAGAUGUUGUAUUAACUCAAUUGCAAGAUGGUGUACUUCACUCUAUGGAAUUGCUUCAAAAAGAAUCAUUGUCAACGCCUGAAAAUCUAAAAAGUAUGAUUAGCCCAAUUUUUAUACAGCUCCUGUAUUUUUCAAAACUCGCUUGUGAGGCGCCGACGUACGGCAAAAUUUCUACAAAGCAUAUCUCCCAAGUCAGAGGCAUAUCUUCGGAAAAUUGUGGCUUCAAGUCUUUAGCCAUAAUUUUGCCACACUUUUGCCACAGUUCCAGCCACGAUUUGCCAACAAAAUUUUUGCCACAAUUUGGCCAACAUUUUAUUUCCACGCGGGAAGGUACUGAGGGCCUCUAG